UGCGGUGGACCUGGGUAUCCUCAUAUAAAAGCAGAAGAUCUUGGCCUCCACACGUAUUCUAAAAACCUGAGUGAUCUGUGAAGUAAGCUUUACCAGUGUUAACAUGAAAUCUUCCAUUGCUGUUUUAGCCGUUCUUUCCGUUUUCGCCUGUGUCCAGGCGCAAGACGCGAAGCAAAAAGUAGCGGCGGUUGCGGAGAAAUGCAAAACAGAGGUUCGUGGAGGCCACGAUGUCUUGAAGAUCGUUGGUACAUCCGAGCUUCCGAAAACCGAAGAACAACGAUGUUUCUUGGAGUGCGUUUACAAAAACUUGCAACUGAUCGUCGACGACAAGUUUGCCGAGCCCGGGGCUAAGAGGCUGAUGAUGAUGAAGUACGGAUCGAACCCUGAUCAACUCAAAAUAGCCCAAACUGAAAUCGAAACCUGCGCCAAAGAAGUGAAACCAACCGCGGGUAUGAAGUGUUCCUUGGCCCACAACAUUCGUCAGUGUUUUGCCAAGGAAGGGCAAAAGCACAACUUUUACAUCAAGGCUUGAAAUAUCUAGAACUGCAGUACUGACGAUGCCUGACCUCAUGACUGCCUCUGCAUGCACUUCAGAGGACCGGAGGAACCUAUUCCUAGCGACAUUUUUCAACCUUUUACAUUAAACAUCCAACCCUCGUCUACACUACCUAUAUCUACCUAUAGAUCUAGAAUACAAUCUAGCAUACAUCAAUUGAGACAGAAUGAAUAAAAAUCUGUCGCAAUAAAAAACAUUUCUCGGUCGAAAAACUAUCUAUCCAGGCUGACCUUGCGUUUUAAUACUUUAAAAUAACCGCCUGAAAA